UAGUUCCAGGUGUACAGCAUAGUGGUUAGAGAAUCAUACACUUUACAAAGUGUUCCCCCUGAUAUUUCCAGUACCGACUUGGCACCAUACAAAGUUACUACAGUUAUUAUUGACUGUAUUUCCUAUGCUGUACUUUACAUCCCCAUGGAUCUUUUAUCUUAAUGGACUCUGACUUAUAUCAAGAAAAAACAAUUUUGCUCAUUUAAUUCAUUGAUUUAAUAGAUGGAGGCAGAGGAAGCUGCUGCUAAAACGUCAUCAGAAGUGAACUUGGCAGACUUACCUGCCAACUAUCACAAUGAGACCAACACAGAAACCAAGGUUGGAAAUAACACCAUCCACGUGCACCGAGAAAUUCACAAGAUCACCAACAACCAGACUGGACAAACGGUCUUUUCAGAGACAGUGAUCACGUCCGUGGGAGGUGAAGAAGGCCAAAGGAACCACGAGUGCAUGAUUGACGAGGACUGCGGGUCCCGCAAGUACUGCCAGUUUGCCAGCUUCCAGUACACCUGCCAGCCGUGCCGGGACCAGCAAACACUCUGCACCCGGGACAGUGAGUGCUGUGGAGACCAGCUGUGCGUCUGGGGUCACUGCUCCGAAACAGCCACCAAAGGCAGCAAUGGGACCAUCUGCGACAACCAGAGGGACUGCCAGCCAGGGCUGUGCUGUGCUUUCCAGAAAGGUCUGUUGUUCCCUGUGUGCACACCCCUGCCCGUGGAGGGCGAGCUCUGCCAUGACCCUGCCAGCCGGCUCCUGGAUCUCAUCACCUGGGAGCUGGAGCCUGAUGGAGCUUUGGACCGAUGCCCCUGUGCCAGUGGCCUCCUCUGUCAGCCUCACAGCCACAGCCUGGUCUAUGUGUGCAAGCCCACCUUCGUGGGGAGCCGCGAGGAAGCCGGAGAGAGCCUGGUAUCCAGAGAGGCCCCCGGCGAUUAUGGCGAUGGCAGCUUCAUUGAGGAGGUGCGCCGGGAGCUGGAGAACCUGGAGAGGAGCCUGUCGGUGGAAAUGGCCCUCGGGGAGCCCAACCCCGCCUCUGAGCUGCUGGAGGGAGACGAGAUUUAGACCCAGGCUUGUUCUGCGGGUAGACGUGCAAUAGAAGUAGCUAAUUUAUUUCCCCAGCUGUGUCCUCUAGGUGUUGGCUCACCAGGCUUUUUUUCCAUGGCCUCUUCCCAGAACAUUUUCCCUCUGGCUUGAAACGAAAUGAGGUGCUGCACACUUGUCCAGCUCCCCCAGGCUGCACCCCACGCAGCUCAGUUCUGGUGCCGGGGAAGGCCUGGGCUGCGAGUGAAGGCAGAACGGGACUGCUAAGCAGGUCCCAUUCCUGGCUGCUUUGCCUCUGCAGGGUGGCAGAUGGCACGUUUCAUUUUGUUCUGCGCGCCCCCAGGAGGGAACAGAAAGGAUGCAGGAUUUCCUCGUGACGGGUCUUGGGGAAAUGUUGAUGCUUACACAUGUGGAGAGGAGUGCCCUGUUUAGCAAACAAACCUGGUGGAAAUGCAACAAAUGAAAUUUUCAUGCAGUUCCUCGCAUGGGCACAGGUCAGCUGUGCCUUCAUCUGCUGCAGGUGACAGGUUCUGCUGCCUCCGAGUUAUACACGUUCAGCUUUUCAGCAGUCUCUCAGCUCCUACCUCUGUGCCAGGCAAGCAGCUUCACGUCCAUAGUCAAGUCCUGCUGCCACCACAGGCUGGCGAAAGGGGCGUUGCCCUCCCCAGCCAUCAGCAUCUUGGGGGCUCAGAGGUGUCAAGUUGCUUGUCCAAGUCACACAGCUGGUGAAGACCAGAGCAGGACUUCACCCAGCUGUGACUCCAAGCCCAGUGCUCUCCCCACCACUACCCACCAGCCUCGGUGCCACCAAAGGUUCCCCCUUAAAAGACGAAGAAUGAGAUUUUUUCUUUUUCUGAAGCACAUCUGGAAUGAAGGUCAAACUAGUUCUCACAUCUGUACAAGAGUAGACUUCUACUCUUAGAAACAGUGUUCUCCCCAGUGUGGGGAUGGUCAUCAUUCUAGUGGUGACAGGUGGUACUGACACUGUCCCCUGUGGCAGUUAGUUACAUUAGUCACUUUGAAGGUACAUGAUUGGAGCAUAAUAUUUAAGUUAACUUGCCAGAAACAGUACUUGGGUAAUUGUAGGGCCAGGAUUAUAAAUGAAAUUUGCAAAAUCACUUACCGGCAACUGUAGACCAUUAUCGACCAUGUGGAAAAAAUCAUACCAAGCAAGGCUCUGUGAAAUAUGGUUGUAAUAUCCAGGCUGAGAGCACGGAACUGUAUGCUUUUCCUCAAAUGGUAUUUUCAGGUCAUGGACUGUUUCCAUCGUGUACUCAUCCAGAGCUAUUAAAUUUUAAAGUUGCACAUGAUUGUAUAAGCAUGCUUUCUUUGAGUUUUAAGUGAUGUAUAAACACAUAUGUUGCAUUUAAAAAUCAAGCAUAAAUCACUUAAACUCCUCUUUUGUA